AAUAGCGUUAUUCGAACGUUGAAGUGUUCAGAGAUAUAAUGUGUUUGAAGUGCACGAUCGAUAAGCGACAAAAAUAGUUAAAGGCUGGAUCUAAAAGAAGGCGAACACAGAAACCCAACGAUGGAAACGACGAAACGAUAAAUUUACACGAAUUAAAUAAUAAUAAUAUCAGUUUACUCCCGGAAGUAUUUUCAUUGCUUUGUCAGUAUAAAUUUUUCAUUGACAAUAAAAAAAUAUUCAUCAAAAUACGUCGCAGUGAUUCGCGUAUCUAGUCGUUUUUACCAUUUAAGUGUGCGCUUUUCACAUACACACACAUUCAAACGAUAUUUAUUUUGAAAGAUCUUCAUACAAUAGACAUAGACAGAAUUUUUUUAGUUAACUUAACUUAUUUACGAUUUUAUUGAUAUAAAAAUUCAUCAAAAUGAAUUCGGCAGCUGUCAUUUUUGUACUUACAUUCAGUAAUUGUAUUUUAUCGGCGGUAGAAGGAAGAGUAAUGGCUAAAGUGGUGCCCACCGUAAGUGACAUUGAACAAAUCAAUGACAUAUUAUCAUCAUACGUCGGCAAAGAUGACAAGUUGGCGUUGUUGUUGGAUUUCGAUGGAACUUUGGCUCCAUUAGCCUCACAUCCUGAUAAGGCUGAAAUCGAUCCCGAUUCUGAGGCGGCACUGUUCAAUUUAGUGACAAACCCAAAUAUUUAUUUGGCCAUCAUUUCCGGUCGUGGAGCUGACAAUGCACGAGAAAAAGUGAAAAUUGAACAAAUCACAUACGCCGGUAACCAUGGAUUGGAGAUCCAGUUCAACUCAAGAUCCAACAAGACUCGCUAUCAACAUGAAAUUGAUGAGAAAACCCGUCAAAAUUACAAUAAAAUGGUCACUGAACUUGAAACCAAAUUGGGCAGCAAUGGUGGCUGGGUGGAGGAUAAAAAGCAAUCUCUUACAUUUCAUUAUCGUGAUGUGCCUGAAAUUGAGCAGCCAACGUACAAAUCACAAGCAACUAGUAUAAUUCAGUCAUAUGGAUUCAUUGCCAAUCCGGCACACGCUGCUGUUGAAGCCAAACCACCUGUAGUAUGGAACAAAGGUGAAGCGGCAUUGUACAUUUUGCGUGCAGAGUUUGGUGAUGAUUGGUCGAAUAAAGUAAAAGUAAUUUUUGCCGGCGAUGACACAACCGACGAAGAUGCUAUGCAUGCAUUAAAAGGAGCCGGACUAUCGUUUAGAGUGUCAUCACGACCGGAGAUUGAAACAAAUGCCGACUAUCGUGUUCCAUCAACAAAGACCAUUUCGUUGAUUUUGCAAUGGCUUCAAGAUACCAUGAACCAAGUGUAAAUUUGAAACCAUUUGCUGCGCGUUUCGAACGACCUCGCCACUAUGUGAAACAAAAACACACAUCUAAAUAAGAAGAAAACACAAAAAAUUGUAUAAUUUAUUUUAUUACCUAGUUACCAUCAUACAUCUUUAAUUUAUACUUCUGUUCCAUUUUUUUUCUUGUUGCUUUUCUCAUUACCGUCACCAUCUGAAUUCAUUUAAAAAUGUAAUUGUUUUUUUUUCUUCACUGUUUAUUCGUAUUUAAAGACUCCACUCUAUCUGUUCUGUGUAUAUAUAAGAGAAUAAACCUGCCUUUGCAAUAUACGUAAAUACAUACACAUAUAAUAGACAACACAGCCAAACAACGACAAACGCAAUUUUCAAAUGAAGAAUGUAAUUUACAUUUAAUCGAUAGUACAUACACAUAAACAUCUAGGCACUGGCACAUAUUAAAUUCUAGUUAUUACGACAAUAAAUUGUGUAAGAUCUUUUUUUUUUUUA